AUGAAUGAAAACCGGAUUUCAAUGGAAGAUGUCAUUUUUGACAGUAUUAACGCCAUGAAAGUAAUGCAGGAGUUGCGCGAACUUGUGCAAGAAAAAGUCGAUCGGGCCUGUGUUGAAACGCUGACUAAAGCUAGUCAUUUCGCAGAUCCAGAAACAUCUAAUCUCCAGAAAUUUUGGCGCAACAAUUGGCUCUCACUGUGCAUUUGGGGCAAUCUAUCAAAAAAUCCUAGAAUUAAAUGGUACACAUUUAAGGAGGCAGGAAUCACUUUCAGCAUCCCACGGCUUCUAACUUUAUCGGAUUGUGCCUUUCGAAUUGUCUUUAUGAAAUUUGAUACUUACUCUGGGACUUCGUCGUCCGCGAAACCGAGGGAGCAUAAAUCUGUUGAAAAACAAAGCUCUGUUCAGUCUAACACUGGUGAUAAGCCGAAUAUCCACGAAGAGGAAAAACUAGAAGAACCAAAGGAAACGGAAGAGGACCAUCAAAAAGAAGACGUUGAUGUAAACAAGAUCGCUGUCAAAUCUACCGUUCUCUUUGACGCAUUUGAUAUCGAAGAUGACCAACCGAAGGAGGAAGAUGAAAAUGAGAAUCAGGAACUUAUGGAACUAUCCGAGGAGGACCUCUCGGAAACUCCAAGCAAACUGAUUUGGGAUCCAAUUCCACUGCCAGAGGAUGCGAUAGACCUUUGUGACUACCACAUUGUCGGUGGAGUCUUCCAAUUCGACUUACUCAAACUUCCUCGUCAGCCAAAAGCAGGUCGAGGCUGGCGAUGGACAAACUGCGUCGUUCCACCUCGACUAGAGCCCUUUAAGUACAUCGCAGAAACCCCGGAAACUGACUACGACUCAAGGGGUAUUGAUAGCAAUCAUGAAGUAGAUGCAGUUGAGAGUCAAGUGAAGGAAUCCGAUGAAGACAAAGAGUCUAGACCUAAGGAUGAAACUCAACCAGCGACUGAAGCUGAGGCAGAAGCCCCAAUGGGAUUCGACUCUUUAUCAACCACUUUGGUAAAGACCACGAAUCCAGAUCCAAAUCCUCCUGUUGAAGUUAAAUUACGGUUGCCUGGAUGCCUCAUCAUCCCUGAGGAACCCGUAUUGGCAUGUUGGGAUCCUGUCAAUUUAUUAUGGCGAACAAAUAGAAUUUAUAUCAAUCAAUUUAUUCCAGAUUUGAAUGAAAUCUCUUUUAGGACGGCAGUGUUUGGGACCUUUGGAGUUUUCCAAGAUUUUCAUUUGAACAUGCCCUUUCAGCACUGGGAAAUGAGACCACUUCCUAGAAGAGUGUCAAAGAGAAAAUCAUUCAAAGUUGCUCCGGUGAACUCGGAGUCGAUGGAAGAUGAGCUCGAACUCCUACCCGACGAUACCCUGGCUACUCCCGAACCAUCUCAUUCUGCACAACAGCCUUCGCGAGUAAAGCGAUCUUCUCAGACCGAUGCUGUACCUCCUCCAUCGCAGCCUGAUAUGACGAGGCCCAGUGUCAACUUACAAGAAGCUGAAUCUUCCACACUAAUUACGCCCAAUGAAGAGAUGGCUCUUGGUCCCCUCCCUUCGAUGGGUAUUCCAGAAGAAAUUUAUUUAGCCGACAAAUCUGAGGCUGACCAGUGUCUCAUCACCAUCACUGGAGCCUACAUCAGGAUCCACCUUCAUGUUCUGGACGAUCGUGUGGCCAUCCUUGCGGAUGAUCCAAAGGCUAUAUUGAACCCGAUAAAGAUUGCCGAGGAGGAAGCAGCAGCAGCAGCUAAGGCGACUGGACAGGCAGCUGAUGAUGCCGACGAUGUGGCCACAGCAGCAACCAGUCGCCGUCGGGGUGCCGGGACAAGAGGCAGCAGAGCAGCCUCCAACUCUGCUGCAGACGAAACAUCACGAGAUCCUCUGGAGUUGGAACAUCUAACAGGUAGAUGGUUCACACCCGACGAGCUCAUUAGCGUGCUCAAGUGCUCAGGAGUCAACCUGUUUCCUCGACUUGAUUCCCAUACUCGUGUUGAAUGUAUUGAGAAGAAUUCGCGGAUGGAGCAGAGGUUAUAUGAACAAAUGGCGCUGCUGAGCCCCGUAAUGGCUUUUGGCUGGUCGCACUGGAACUCUGCGUGUAAGGACCCGAACAGCUUCAUUAUAAUGGGCACAGAACACAUCGAUAACGACGGUCCUGUCGAUGAGCACCACGCGGACUUCUACCAUAUGUACAUGGAAAUUGGAUCAGCCAUUGGAAAGGAACGUGUUCAAAGAAUUCAGAGUCGCUACUUCAAGACCGUACAACGAAUCCUGAAAUCGACCAGACUACCUGUGUUUUCAUAA